AUGGGCCGCCAAAAAGCUGUCGCAAAAGACCUCUUAGCCAGCAUCCCUUUUGACAUUGAUGCUCAGCAAACCCAGCCUCCACCAAAGCAAAAAAGAAUCAAAAAGACUCAGCCAAAGGCAAAGAACCGGGAGAAACUGGCAGAGAGGAAGAGAGAGGUCUCUAGUCUGCAAAAGACUAACAGAAAUCCACAGUCAAAGAUGAAGACUUUGGAAGAUCAAGCCGAGGUCACUAUCAAAGCCAAGGACGAUGCCGAAGAAAAGGUUGGUGCUGCUAAGGCGAUAAACAAAGUCCUUCAAGCCCAACUGAAAGAGGUCAAAGACAAGAUGGUCGAGGCCCAAAGGGAGCUUCAAGACGCCCUGGCCACCAAAGAGGCCGAAAUCAAGGCCGCUGACGAGAAGGGCUAUAAUGAAGGGGAGGAGGUUUUAGUGAGGAAAUCAAAAGAGGCUACUGGGACCAAGUCCCUUUCUCUGAAUGAUCAAGUCCUAGACUUGACUCAAGAUGAGGAGGUUGAAGAGGUUCCCAAAGAUGUUACAGCUGAGAAGGCAUCAGCCGACGUGACCCUUGCCGACAAAAGCCUUGACGAAACCCUUCAACAAAUUGAUGCUAAGCUUGCGGUUGAGAAGGCCGCCGAGAUGUCUUCGCAGCAGUCCUCCGUGAUCCAGACCCAGCCUGCCAAUGAUGCUGAGGAAUCUUAG